UGCUGCUGCGGAGGCUUUCCAACCUCUCAGCUAGCAGGGCGAGCUGGGAACCAGUGACCGCUCGUUUCCUCCAGGCUGUGUCCCCUUCCUGACGGGAAAGGAGCGCUCUCUGGGGUGGCUCGUCGCCUGCGGACCUCGGGCCGCCGCGGAGCGGGCGCAGCGCCGGGGCGCUCGGGGGAAGGCGCCGGGCUGGGAGCACCGAUCCUCCUCGCCGCACCAUGACAGAAGAAAGCAAGGGGGAAGGCAAGGGGGAAAGCGGGAAGGACUUGGAGAAGCAGCUUCGCUUACGCGUGUGCGUCCUCAACGAGCUGCUGAAGACGGAGCGGGACUACGUGGGCACGCUGGAGUUCCUGGUGUCGGCUUUUCUUCACCGAAUGAUCCAAUGUGCUGCAGCCAAAGUGGAUAAAAAUGUCACAGAAGAAACAGUUAAGAUGUUGUUUUCAAAUAUUGAAGAUAUUCUUGCAGUUCACAAAAACUUCCUGUCCCUUGUGGAGGAUUGUUUACAGCCAGAACCUAAUGCACAGCAUGAAGUUGGAACCUGCUUUCUGAAUUAUAAAGAGAAAUUCCGUAUCUAUGAUGAGUACUGUAGUAACCACGAGAAGGCACAGAAAGUUCUUCUUGACCUGAACAAAAUAAGAACAGUGCGGACGUUUCUUUUGAACUGCAUGCUCCUUGGAGGACGGAAGAACACAGAUGUACCCCUGGAGGGAUAUCUAGUGACACCAAUACAGAGAAUAUGCAAGUAUCCCCUUCUUUUGAAGGAGUUACUGAAGCGGACUCCAAGGAAGCACAGUGACUAUGCAGCCCUAAUGGAAGCUCUCCAGGCCAUGAAAGCUGUCUGUUCCAACAUAAAUGAGGCCAAGAGACAAAUGGAAAAAUUAGAAUUUUUGGAGGAAUGGCAGUCUCAUGUUGAAGGAUGGGAGGGGUCCAACAUCACAGACACGUGUACAGAAAUGCUGCGAAGUGGACUACUACUGAAAAUUUCAGCAGGAAAUAUCCAAGAGAGGAUAUUUUUUCUUUUUGAUAAUCUUCUGGUCUACUGCAAAAAAAAGCACAGGAGAUUGAAGAACAGCAAAGCAUCUACAGACGGCCACCGCUACCUUUUCCGGGGCAGAAUAAACACGGAAGUGAUGGAAGUGGAGAAUGUAGAUGAUGGAACAGCUGACUACCACAGCAGUGGCCACACUGUUAUUAAUGGCUGGAAGAUCCACAACACGGCAAAGAAUAAAUGGUUUGUAUGCAUGGCAAAAACCCCUGAAGAGAAGCAAGAAUGGCUGGAAGCUAUUUUGAAAGAGCGAGAGAGAAGAAAAGGUUUAAAAUUGGGCAUGGAACAGGACACUUGGGUGAUGAUCUCUGAGCAAGGAGAAAGAUUGUACAAAAUGAUGUGCAAACAAGGGAAUCUCAUCAAAGACAGGAAGAGGAAAUUAACCACUUUCCCCAAAUGCUUUCUUGGAAGUGAAUUUGUGUCCUGGCUGUUGGAAAUUGGAGAGAUACACAAGUCUGAAGAAGGUGUUCAUCUUGGCCAAGCUUUACUAGAGAACGGCAUUAUUCACCAUGUUACAGAUAAGCACCAAUUCAAACCUGAACACAUGCUGUACAGAUUCCGAUAUGAUGAUGGAACAUACUAUCCCAGAAAUGAGAUGCAGGAUGUGAUCUCCAAGGGUGUGCGACUGUACUGUCGCCUUCACAGUCUCUUUACCCCAGUAAUUAGGGAUAAAGACUAUCACUUGAGAACCUACAAAUCUGUGGUUAUGGCUAACAAAUUCAUAGAUUGGUUGAUUGCCCAGGGGGAUUGCCGGACAAGGGAGGAAGCUAUGAUAUUUGGUGUAGCUCUUUGUGAUAAUGGGUUUAUGCACCAUGUGUUAGAGAAAAGUGAAUUUAAAGAUGAACCACUGCUGUUCCGGUUUUAUGCGGAUGAAGAAAUGGAAGGAUCAAAUAUGAAGCACAGACUCAUGAAACAUGAUCUGAAAGUAGUGGAAAAUGUCAUAGCCAAGUCAUUACUGAUCAAAUCUAAUGAAGGAACCUAUGGUUUUGGUUUAGAAGAUAAAAAUAAGGUGCCAAUUAUUAAAGUGGUGGAGAAAGGAUCCAAUGCUGAGAUGGCAGGCUUGGAAGUUGGGAAGAAAAUCUUUGCCAUUAAUGGUGACCUGGUUUUUCUGCGACCCUUCAGUGAAGUGGAUUGCUUCCUGAAAGCCUGUUUAAACAGCAGAAAGCCCCUGCGGGUUCUUGUGAGCACCAAACCUCGAGAGACAGUGAAGAUUCCUGACUCUGCAGAUGGACUUGGAUUCCAAAUCCGGGGUUUUGGCCCAUCUGUUGUCCAUGCUGUUGGGAGAGGAACAGUGGCAGCUGCAGCAGGUCUCCACCCUGGCCAGUGCAUAAUCAAAGUGAAUGGAAUUAAUGUCAGCAAAGAGACUCAUGCAAGUGUUAUUGCUCAUGUCACAGCCUGCAGGAAGUACAGGCGGCCAAUGCAGCAAGAUUCUAUACAGUGGGUUUACAACAGCAUUGAAAGUGCGCAGGAAGAUCUUCAGAAAGCAAACAUCAAACCCUCUGGAGAUGAUGGAGGUGAUGCCUUUGACUGCAAAGUGGAAGAGGUAAUUGACAAAUUUAACACUAUGGCAAUAAUUGAUGGGAAGAAAGAUCAUGUGAGUCUGACUGUUGACAAUGUUCAUCUGGAGUAUGGAGUGGUUUAUGAGUAUGAUAGCACAGCUGGAAUAAAGUGCCAUGUCUUAGAAAAAAUGAUUGAACCAAAGGGAUUUUUCAGUUUGACUGCAAAGGUUCUUGAAGCACUGGCAAAAAGCGAUGAACAUUUUGUGCAGAAUUGCAACAGCCUCAAUUCCUUAAAUGACGUGAUCCCCACUGAACUUCAAAGUAAAUUCAGUGUCAUUUGCAGUGAGAAAAUUGAGCAUAUCUACAGAAGAAUCUCUAGCUAUAAAAAGUUUUCAAGAGUAUUAAAAAACAGAGCUUGGCCUACCUUCAAACAAGCUAAGUCAAAGAUUUCACCACUUCACAGCAGUGAUUUCUGUCCAACCAAUUGCCAUAUCAAUGUGAUGGAAGUGUCUUACCCUAAGACCUCAACUUCCCUUGGUAGUGCCUUUGGUGUACAGUUAGACAGCAGAAAACAUUCUUCCCAUGAGAAGGAGAAUAAAAACUCUGAUCAAGGUAAACUGAAUCCCAUGAUUUAUGUCCAACAUACCAUUACUACUAUGGCUGCCCCUUCAGGACAGUCUCUUGGCCAGCAAGAGGGCCAUGGUCUGAGGUACCUCUUAAAAGAAGAAGACUUAGAAACACAAGAUGUCUAUCAAAAAUUGCUAUUCAAAUUACAAGCUGCACUGAAAGAGGUGGAAACAUGUGUCUGCCAAAUAGAUGACCUUCUUUCUUCAAUAACAUAUUCUCCCAAAUCAGAACGUAAAACACCUGAACCUUUAAUACCAGCAGACAGUGAUAAUGAAAAGGGUGAAAGGAAUGGGAAGAAAGUCUGUUUCAGUGUAACAGGUGAUGAACAAGAGGAUUCUGGUCAUGAUACCAUCAGUAACAGGGAUUCUUACAGUGACUGCAACAGCAAUAGGAACUCCAUUGCCUCUUUCACCAGCAUUUGUAGCAGUCAGUGCAGUUCUUAUUUUCACAGUGAUGAAAUGGAUUCAGGUGAUGAGCUUCCCAUAAGUGUUCGAAUCUCCCAUGAUAAACAGGACAAGCUCCAUAGCUGCUUGGAGCAUCUCUUUGGUCAAGUCGAUUCAAUCGUCAAUCUUUUGAAAGGACCAGCUGUGAUGAGGGCCUUUGAGCAGACAAAGUACUUUACACCAGGUCGAGGUCUCCAAGAGUUUCAGCAAGAAAUGGAACCAAAGCUCAGCUGUCCAAAGAGGCUACGACUCCACAUCAAGCAAGACCCUUGGAACCUCCCCAGCAGUGUCCGGGGCCUUGCCCAGAAUAUCAGAAAAUUUGUUGAAGAGGUGAAGGCACGAAUACUCUUGGCACUUCUAGAAUAUACAGAUAGCGAGAUACAACUGAGGCGAGACAUGGUCUUCUGUCAGAGCCUGGUGGCCACAGUCUGUGCCUUUUCAGAGCAGCUGAUGGUGGCCUUAAAUCAGAUGUUUGACAACAACAAAGAGUAUGAAAUGGAGACCCUGGAGGCCAGCAGAAGGUGGUUGGAACAGAUAGCCAGUGCAGGUCUUCUCCUUCAUUUCCAGUCCCUGCUCUCUCCAAACCUGGCUGAUGAACAAGCUAUGCUAGAAGACACAUUGGUUGCAUUGUUUGACUUGGAAAAAGUUACUUUCUACUUCAGACAAUCAGAGCCAGAGCCACUAGUUGCAAAUGUACCAAUCACAUACCAAGCAGAAGGAAGCCGGCAAACUCUGAAGGUUUACUUCUACCUUGAUGGUUACCACUUUGAACAGCUUCCGCAAAGGCUGAAGAAUGGAGGAGGAUUUAAAAUCCACCCAGUGCUUUUUUCACAAGCUUUGGAGAGCAUGGAAGGAUACUAUUACAGAGACAGUGUCUCAGUGGAAGAAUUUCAAGCUCAGAUUAAUGCUGCCUCACUGGAAAAAGUCAAGCAGUAUAACCAGAAGCUACGGGCGUUCUACCUGGACAAGUCAAACUUGCCUCCAAAUUCAACAUCUAAAGCAGCUUACAUAGAUAAGCUGAUGAGGCCUCUCAACUGCCUGGAUGAGCUGUACCGGCUCAUAGGGUCGUUUAUCCGCUCCAAGCGCACGGCCGCCUGCGCGUACACCGCGUGCAGCGCUUCCGGCGUCGGAUUGCUCUCGGUGUCGUCUGAGCUCUGCAGCAGGCUGGGAGCUUGUCACAUCAUUAUGUGCAACAGUGGAGUUCACCGCUGCACUCUGAGCGUCACCCUGGAGCAGGCCAUCACGCUGGCCCGGAGCCACGGGCUGCCCCCUCGCUACAUCAUGCAGGCCACCGACGUCAUGCGCAAACAGGGUGCGAGAGUGCAAAACACAGCCAAGAAUUUAGGAGUGAGGGAUCGAACGCCACAGUCUGUGCCAAGAUUAUACAAACUGUGCCAGCCACCACCACCUGUUGGAGAAGAAUGAGAAGAUCUGCUCUAGAAAACAACCCAGUAAUGGCCUUGAGGAUACUGGGAUUAUAUGACAAAAAUCCAACUGCACUAUAGCACUAUGUCCCUGCAGCUUUGAUAAAUAAGAUGAAAAAAAUCUUCUACUCAGGACAAAGGAAAAAAUACCCUAAAUAUUAUCUACUGGCAUUGAAAGAUGUCUUCCCAAAAGCAUUUCUGAAGUCUGUGCACUCCAGCCUUACACUCAUAGGACAGUAGUCUUCCUUGGGAAUUUAACACUGGAAUCAGAUUAAGUUGAUGUGUAUUGUUCAGUCACAUAAUAGGCAUAGCCAGCAGCUUGAGAAAAAAGUCUUGGUCAGAGGGGUUGUCUUCACUUGCACACUAUGCACAAUGUGAUCUUGUGGAAGCCUGUAUAAACUAGGCUUGAUAACGAGCAUGCACUUCAUCUGGGGCCCUUUGCACUUGAGAAAGCUUUUUUUCCUGUCACCGUCAUAACUUCUUGGAAUGCUAACUUUACUGUUUCAAGAAUAUAAUGUGAGGUUUAAAGAUGGAAUGUUCAUUUCAGAAUUGUGUUUAAUGGCUGCAGGCAGCUGCUUUGGGAGGAGGACCUACACGGCAUUAGGAGUGCCUGAUGGUGUGGCGCAUAAGCUAGAGUUCUGCUCUUUUGCAGCUGCCAUUAUAAUGAAGGAGAAGGAGGAGUCUGAUCAUCAUCCACUGUUAGGCUGUGUUUCAGACUCCAGUAGAUGUUUUACAUUAUUACAUCUCUGCACUUCAGAGUUUUCCAGAGUUGUGUAUUUUCUUCUAUAACACUACACUAACAAGUCUACAUAAGGCAGAGAUGAGUCAGUAUUGUUAAACUGGAAAUGACUGGUUGAAGUUCAAGCAUAGUUUGGUGUUUUGAUGUUUUAUGCUACCAUUUUCCACAUUUUGUCAGCAUUGUUUUGUGUAGCAUCUCAGUUCUUUGGAGUGGUAAUUGUUAAAGAUUUAUUUUGAAAUUGUACUAACUAUUUAGAGAGCCCAGGGAGAAUUUAUCUGCAUUUGGCUGUUCUGUUGGCCAAAGAAUUUUCAUUUUCAAAUGCCCCCAAAUGAGGAUUUAUGUAUGAGCACAUUAAAACAAAAACUGUAUUCUGAAAUAGUUCUACUUGUAGCAGCAGCUAUGUAUUCCAUUAGAGCAAGACACAUACUGUCUGAAUAAAAUUUAUUUUUUGUACAACAGCGGCCUGUAGUUAUGCUGUAGCAAUCAAACCUCACAACAUAAUUUUUGCAUAUGAUCUAAAUAUUUGUGAACCUAUCAAUGGACAAUGAGAUAAGUGAGAAUUCAAAAGGAAUUGUACUCUUGAAGAGAGUGGGGUUUUUUAGAGGAUAUUUAGGGAACUUGUUACUUCUCUCCAGAGGAGGAAUUAGAGCUACUACCUUUUUCAGUAUUCUAAAUGUUUAUACACAGACCUUAACUUUGCUAAGAAAAUAAAUAUUUUUAUAUAUCCACAGAUAUACAUGUCUGUGCAUAUAUGUAUGUUUCAACAUAUAUGUAUUUAUGUAGUCAUGUCAAUAAAAAGAGAAUGUUUCCCUUAAACUAUGACAAAGGCAUGCAGUAACACUCCAGUAACAACUUCACCUUUGUGCUUUAAGGUUUACUUUCUUUCAUAGUUACUGGAAGCUAUUGAACCAUGAUCUUUUUGAUUAAAAUACUUAAUACAAAAAAGCAAAAGCAAAAUUAAAAAAAACUCAAAAAACCAAAAAAAUUACUUUUAAAGGCUUUUGUCUAGCAUGACCUAAUGCUUACACAUAAGAAAGAGUUAUGUUUUCUAUAACUGCUGUUCCAGUCAGGAUCUCAUACUUUCAGAUGUGUUUCAUUCAGAGCAGCAGUAUUGGCUAUGGUAAUUCCUGCUCCAGGCAAAAGCACCAGUGAUUUCAGUUUCUGCUUGUUCAGACAUCAGAAUUGCAGAGAAGCCAUAAGCACCUCAAGCCAAGGGCGUGCUGCUGUCAGCCUGGCUCUGAGCUCACAUCUUCCUGUGAGGUUUCCCCACAUGAGGUUUGAUUUACUAUGAGGGAAGUCAGCUGUUGGCUGCAUGGAGCUGCUGAGCCUGUAUGCAAUAAAAUAACCUAGAGAACAAAAUCUCUUGCAUGUACAUGCAUUAUUGUAAGCAGUAAUUGCUUUUUUUUUGUAUAGCAUUGAAAAUGGUAGGAGUGUAAAUGCU